AUGUCUUGCUGCAUUGCCCAUAUUGAGAUUAAAGAGGAACUAAAUCUAAGCGUUCCUCUUGAUAACCCUGCUUGCCUUGAUGUUUAUCUGCAGCACAUCUGUGCAAGGCAUGAGACACGGAAUGCACCACCGUCCAGGAAGACCAGGACCACACCAUCGCCCGAGACCAGGUCAUCGCCCGGGACCAAUCCAUCGUGGGCCAAAGCAUCAUGGCCGCCGCCAUCGUUUCUAAGCAAAACAUCUAGUCGUGUAGACUACUAUGACAAAUGCUUAAAUAAGCAAUCUCAAAUAUGUGUCCGGAUUUUGUGUCUUUGA